UCUUCCGAUACUUUACCCAGAGAGUAGAUCCAGUAGAACGUGGACUCGAAUUUGAUGGCGGUCGAUCUUGUCGGAUUUAAUGCUCGUCGUCCCUCUAGUUCCACCUGAAAUAGUUCCCUGCGAUGCUCAGGUACUCCUCGAUUUCUCGUCUUCGUCCUCUUUUCUGCCGCAUUAUCCGUAAAGAAUCCAUCCAUGGUAGCCGAAUUCUUCGGUGGAAGCUCAGGGACGAAUCUAAACUUUGUCAUCCUGAACUGCUCGAUAGAAUCUGUCGUAUAUUGAUCCUCGAGCGCUAUUCAGCCUUAAGUCGACUGUCCUUCGAUUAUACCGAUGGAAUCCUCGACGGCGUUCUCCGUAGGCUUAAGUUCAAUCCUUCCGCCUGCUUAGGAUUUUUCAGAUUGGCGUCGAAGCAACAACAUUUUAGACCUGACAUUAAGUCUUACUGUAAGAUUGUCCAUAUUUUGUCUAGAGCUCGAAUGUUCGACGAGGCCAAAGCCUAUUUGAAGGAAUUGGCCGAAAUUUCCAAAACUAACUCUUCUGUUUCUCUAGUUUUCGAUGAACUUAUCCGGGUUUAUAAGGAAUUCACGUUCUCACCAACUGUUUUUGAUAUGCUUCUGAAAGUAUAUGCGGAGAAAGGUUUGAUGAAGAAGGCACUUUUUGUGUUCGACAAUAUGGGGAGUUUCGGAUGCAGUCUUAGCUUGAUAUCUUGCAACAGUCUUUUGAAUAAUUUGGUCAGGGCUGGUGAAAAUCACACCGCUUUUCAUGUUUACGAUCAAAUUACUAGGUCUGGGAUCGUCCCUGAUGUUUUCACAUUCACUAUAAUGGUGAAUGCUUCCUGCAAGGACGGUAAAGUGCAUAAAGCUGUGGAUUUUAUUAAGGAAAUGGAGAACAUGGGUUUUGAACCAAAUGGCGUGACGUACCAUUCUCUGAUCAAUGGUUAUGCUAAUUUAGGUGACAUGGAAGCAGCACUUGGAGUUUUGAAGGUGAUGUCUGAAAAGGGAAUUUCUUGUAAUCUAGUUACUUACACAUUGUUGAUCAAAGGUUAUUGCAAACAAGGUAAGAUGCACAAAGCAGAGGAGGUGCUCCAAGGCAUGGAUGAGUUAUCAUUGGUUGCUGAUGAAAUUACUUAUGGUAUCUUAAUAAAUGCAUAUUGUCAAACUGCUAAAAUGGAUGAUGCUCGCAGGAUUUGUUGGGCAAUGUUAAAUGUUGGAUUAAGGAUGAAUGUGUUUAUUUGCAACUCCCUAAUUAAUGGGUAUUGCAAACUUGGACAAGUCCAUGAAGCAGAGCAGGUGAUAAAGGAUAUGGAGGUUUGGAACCUGAAGCCAGAUUCUUAUAGCUAUAAUACUCUUGUCAAUGGAUAUUGUAGAGAAGGUUGUGUUAGUCAGGCAUUUGAACUUUCACAGGAGAUGCUUUGGAGAGGGGUUGAACCUACUGUUUUAACUUACAAUACACUCCUCAAAGGUUUAUGUCGUAUGGGUGAAUUUGAUGAUGCUGUGCACCUUUGGCGUUUGAUGCUGAAAAGAGGUUUGACUCCUGAUGAAGUCAGCUGUUGUACUCUGCUUGAUGGAUUUUUCAAGAUGGGGAAUCUGGAAGGGGCUUUAAAGUUAUGGAAAGAUAUGUUAGCGAGGGGCUUUGCUAAGAAUGUAAUUACUUUCAACACAAUUAUAAAUGGGCUAUGUAAGAUGGGUAAAAUGGUUGAUGCAGAAGAGAUUUUUGUUGACAUGAAAAAAAUGUUUGUUUCCCCUGAUGCUAUUACAUAUAGAGUUCUGAGUGACGGGUACUGUAAAGUUGCAGACAUUGGACAAGCAUUCAAAGUCAAGGAUGAGAUGGAAAGGGAAGGAAUCCCUCUUUCUGUUGAAUUGUAUAAUUCUCUUAUUAGUGGACUCUUUAAAUCUAGGAAAUUCAGUGGAGUCAAGGACCUUCUGGCUGAAAUGCACAUGAAAGGAUUAACUCCUACCAUUGUGACUUAUGGGGCUCUUAUUGCUGGUUGGUGCAAAGAAGGGAUGCUAGAUAAAGCUUUUAGUACGUAUUUUGAAAUGAAUGAGAAGGGUUUAGCACCAAAUGUAAUUAUAUGCAGCACACUGAUCAGUAGCCUAUAUAGGCUUGAUAGGAUUGAUGAAGCAAAUUUUCUGUUGCAGAAGAUGGUAGAUAUUGAAUUCAUUCUUGGUCAUGGAUGCUCUGUGGACUCCAAGCCGGAUAGUAGACAUCUCAACAUUCAGAAAAUUGCAUUUUCCCUUGAUGAAACUGCAAAAAGAUAUCUUCUGCCCAACAACAUUGUAUACAACAUAGCUAUUGCUGGCCUUUGCAAGUCUGGGAGGGUAAAUGAUGCCAGAAGAAUUCUCUCAACAUUGUCACUGAGAGGCUUCAUUCCAGAUAACUUUACAUACUGUACCCUCAUCAGUGGUUGUUCAGCAGCUGGCAAUAUCAAAGAAGCUUUUGACACACGGGAUGAGAUGCUGAAAAGGGGCCUUGUUCCGAACAUUGCAACAUACAAUGCUCUUAUAAAUGGGUUGUGUAAGUCAGGGAACCUAGAUAGGGCAGUUAGACUUUUCCAUAAACUUCCCUUGAAAGGUGUAGUUCCCAAUGUUGUAACAUUCAACACAUUGAUUGAUGGAUACUGCAAGGCUGGUAAUAUUGUUGAAGCUGUUAAGUUGAAAGACAAGAUGGUAGAUGGAGGAAUUGCUCCUUCUAUAGUUACCUAUUCUACUUUGAUCAAUGGCCUUUACAAAGAAGGAGAUAUAGAAGCAUCUAUACACCUUUUGGAUCAAAUGACUGCAGGAGUUGUGGACCCUGACAUUGUGAAAUAUUGUGCAUUAGUCAGGGUUUAUCUCGAAUGCAGGGACAGGGAGCAGAUCUCCAAGCUUUAUGAUGAGAUGCAGGUUAUGGGUCUUUCUUCAGGUAUUGUCUCAGAUAAACAGAUGGGUGUAAAAGAGUUGUUUAGUGAUAAGAUAUCUGGCAUUUCUAAUGCAACUGAAGCUGUGUGCUGAUGCAUACUUUAUGAAAUACCUGUGCGAAGCAAGUUCUUGUGCAUGGUUAUUGUCAUGUUAAUGGAGUGGUAUGGAUUCAAGCCAUGUGAUGCUCAUACAUGCAGCCAUGCAUGCUAAAAUAUGGAAACAACUUAAAGGAAUUUCUGAAAAGAUUUUGGAGUUUUUAAUGUCUAUAGAAGGCGUAUGAACACUUAGGCUUCGUCAACUAAGGCCCAGUUGCAGGAUAUAUCAAAAUCAAUUUGCUUAAGGGUAUGAUGAAGUGAAGAUUCUUGUUUGUUGUCCUGGCUACUAUCAAAUUGGAAGGUACCUCUUCAUAAUUCCAAGUUUUCUUUUUACCCCCUUUUUUUUCCCAGGAAAGGAAAGUAUGUAAAUUAAGGAGAAUCCUAAGUCAGCCAU